AUGCGCUCUACUCGUAACAAUCCAAUUCAAAAGAAAGUUUCUCACAUAGCUCAGAAAAAGUCUCCCACACAACGUCGUUUAAUAAAACGUUCAUCUACAACUACGACAAAUGCCAGUACAGCAACUGCAACAUCUCCCUCCUUAUUUGUACGCCAAUCACGUAAAAAGGCAUCCUUAUCACCACAAACGAAACCUUCCAAAACUAAACGGCAGGCAGGUUUGAGAGCUGAAACAUUACUAGUUUAUUGUUCAAAUGUUUUAUCAUCUUCAAACGAAGAGAAAAAAGACAGUAAUAAUGAUGACACGUUAUCAAUAAUUACAGCAACAAUUAAAACGAACAAACGAAGACGAGCUAAAUCAACAAAUAGUAGUCCACAAUCGAAAAAUGUUAAUGUAAAAAGAAAACAAAGAUCAACGCCAAAAAAGCAAAAAUCUCCCAGUGUAAAAAAAUCAAAUAAAAAACAAGCUCCACCACCUCUCACACCACCACAGCAACAAAAACGUGGACGAAGAAAAAAGAAAUUAAUCAGUACUGAAGAAAAUGGAAGCGAAAUACAUGAUACUGAAUCUAUGUAUGAAGAUCACAGUGAUGUACAACAAGAAACAAAAACUGAGUUAAAGUCGCCGGUUUCUCGUCAGAGAAAAAAACCUGUGGAAACAACUGUUAUUACUAAACCAAAAAGUAAACAAAGACAAACAAUAAAAAAUAAAACGAGAAAAAAAGUUGCACCCUUGGCAUCGAAAACAAUAGCGAAAGUUAAUGAUGAAUUAAAUAUAAAUACGCGAACAAAACGAGAAGCCAGUUUAAAAGCAUCAGCAAUGAUCAUGCAACAAAAUGAAAUUGAACGUUCACGUUUCAGUUAUAUAUUAGCUGAUACAUUAGCAAAUGCAACUGCAGUACAAGCAGCUGCUGCCAAACGUCGUCGUCGACAAUCAACAAAAGAUAACAGCCAUCACGUUGAAUCGACCACUCAGUCUGUUGAAGAUAUUGAUGUGAUUCCAGACACCGUCUCUCCAAAAAAAGAGCUUACAUUACCCUCAACGAUACCUACAGUCCAAACUGUUCUACCUCCUGUUCUCUCAUCUACCUCCCUAAGAAAAACAUCUCCGUCAUCGUUGUCACUAAAUAAAUUCAAGUUUAGCGUGCCACACGUGCCCCCUGUGCCUCAUAGACCAUCGACAAAUAAUGCAUCGACUAAAACAGAAUGUGCGCAAUCUACAGCCGAUAGUAAAAUAACAACAGCUAAAAAACAAACAAAUCCCAUUCUGUCCUCAAACGUUCAACCUGUGCAAUCUUCAUCUUCUUCAUCUUCAACUACAGCAACAUCUGUUUCUGCUACAAAAUAUCCAACAUUAACCGAAACAAUAUUAGCUGAACAUGAUCGAAUUCACGGCACAACACCACCUUAUCAUACAACGAGACGGGAUAAUGUUAUUCGAUGGACACAAGAAUUACUCCAGUACAGUAAUGAACCAUUAUUACCUCCAUUUCCUAGUGAACAGGUUCCACUAGAAUCAUUUCACGUGCAAUUACGCUCUACAACAUCAUCGGGAGAUCAGCAACCGGCCGUCAGGAUGAGCCAGAAUAGUAAUAGUAAUCAGAGCACAACAAAUCACAAUAACGAGAAUAAUGGUGGACACACCGGAUCGAUUGCUGCAUCAACGUCAACAACAUUAGCCGGUACAGGAACCGCAACAACUGGUGGAAGUACAACAAUAAAUAAUGACAAUUCUAAAUCAUCAGCGAAUCAUAUUAGUGCAGCUGAAAGAAAAAAAUUAGCAACAGCAAGCAGCCGGCAAGCAGUCAAUACUACUAAUGCUACAUCAUCAAAUAUAGUUCAACCCUUGCCUCCACCAACGUCUUUACAGUCUAUUCCAGCAGCUACCAUCGCUGGUACCACGUCGUCAUCUUCGCGUCCUCAGUCGUUUGAUCACUCAUUAUCCAAUCAAUCAUCAACCGUUCAUCCCGAAAACAAGUUUUCUCUUCUCGCACCUCCGCUUGCACCGUCACCUUUACCACCAGGCGGCACAACAAGUUUACCAGUACAAAGUCCUUAUACUACCGCAGCAACGUUUCCACUUGAUUUACGUCAAUUUUUUCCAUUAUUAUCAUGUUGGCAGUAUCCGGCUUGGUCAUUUCAACCACCACCAUCUGUCACUGGUUGUAUUAUCCAAACACCGCCGCCUGUUCAAGUUGUACAACAGCCAACCGUGAAUGUUGUUGUCAAAUCUGCUGCAUCAUCGAAAACGAACUCGACUACUGCAGCAUCAUCAUCUUUAACAACAGUCGAUAAGAAACAAAAACACGAUUUAAUUGCUAAAGUAGUCAAAACAAAGCAGGUCAGUGACACAGUUCCAAAAACCGAAGUAAAGCCCAAAGGAUUACCAAAAGAUCAUCAUUAUCAUUUACACACCCAUCAUCAUCAUCAUUACAAUCACGCAACUGCAAAAAAGAAACAAACAUUACCCAGCUCUUCUUCUCCAAUGUCUGCUCCCACUAAUACUUUACAUAAUAUUCCAUCACCAUCGUUAUUAAAAUCUCCAAACACAACAACGAUCACCACUGUACCCUUAUCUCCGCAAAAACAAUCGAUUAAAUCGACCAUUAUUAGAAAUGAACAAUUGGUUGAAACGAAAACAAUUUUACCCUUAAGUGUUCAUAAUGUUGUAAGGAAACAACAACAGACAAAAAAUAUCUCGCAUCACAAUCUAAUUAGUGAUCAACAAUCGAUGCUCUCGUCUUCAACUUAUUGUUCCUCGUCUCAUCCAUUUUCAAUAAAUGGUGAUAAUAACGAAGCUUUGAAUUUUUCUAUUAAACAUUUAUCCAAAGAAAAAACGACAUUAGAACAACAAGACAUAUGUGUAAAAAAAUCAGUAUCACCUAAAUCUCACACAACAACAAUGGUAAUCGGUAAUUCUUCGAAAUCUAUUAGUAUGAGCAAUUAUUUAAACGAACGACCCUUACCGUACACGAUUAAUUCAAUAAUAUCUUCGUCUAAUUCAACUGGAAGAGGGUUAAUCAAUUCAAACGCGUCUUUUUCAUUUGAUCAAAUUCGAGCUGCACACUCUCAUCAUUCUUCGUCAUUAUUACACCAGCAAUUAAAACAUUUAUCACCAAUUAAUUCGUCAUCAUCUCUUAUCCAACCAAUUAUAUCACCCGUUUCUAAUAUUCUCAGUGAUUCAUCAGCAAAUAAAAAAAUAGAACGACGUGGAAGAAAACGACGAAGUGUAUCAGCAGCAAGUGCUAUUAUGACUAUUGGAGGAAAGUUUAUUUCAACAACAUCGAAAAUAACGACUACAUCACCGGCAAAAAGUUCUCGUGCGACGCGUGCCAAUUCAUCGUCAACAACCAUGACAACAACAUCAACGCCAAUUCGAUUAAAAUCAGCAUGCGUUGUUGAUUCUAAUAGUAAACGUGCUCAGUCACCAUCAUCCGGCAGUACAAAUAUUGCUAAAAAACGUCGGAAAUUUGUUAGUAAAUGGAUAUUAUCUGGAGAAGCAGAAAUAAAAUUAGUUCCUAAAAAUCCUGAAAAACCGCCUGUUUAUCGUGAAUGUUAUCCGUCUAUUCAACAUAGAACACAAAACGAUGUUAUAAAAUCGCAAGACUGCGUUUUAUUACGUCCAGAAAAUCAUACAAAAGGAGCUACGCCUUAUCUUGCUAAAGUCAAAUGGUUCUGGGAGGAAAAAGAAACAGGUGAAAUAUUAAUGUCACUGAUAUGGUAUUAUCAUCCUGAACAUACCGAUUUACAACCACGUAUUAAAGAACAUUUUCAACCAAAUGAAGUACUUGCAUCGAAAUAUUGGGAUACAGUGAGCGUUGCUUGCAUAGAAGAUAAAUGUUAUGUAUUGACAUUAAAUGAAUAUUGUCGAUAUCGUGUUCGAGAAAAAUUAAAUAUUCCUCAACCAUGGUUAUUUGAGUCUGAUACAAUUAAACAAUUAAAAUCUAUUUUAACAUAUUCUUCUUCCUCUUCCACUUCAAAUAUAAUCACUAAAGUUGAACAAAAAGAUACUGAUAUAGAAAGAGAAAUACAAUCAGAAACAACUGCUUGUCGUCUAUUACCAUCAAAAAGUGUGGAUAAUCAAAAUAUAUUUUUUUGUCGAUACGUUUAUGAUUUUCGACAAAAACGUAUAUUAAAAAAUCCGAAUAUAAACAAUAAUUUGAGUAUAACAAACAAUAAUGUAUCAUCAAUGAUUACAGCGAAUAAUAUGAAUGUAAUUUCCAGUAUUCUAUGA